UCUUUCCAAAGAAGUACUGGAAGCUCAGAUCCUUCUUAUUCUUUUUCCUUCGACGCUGGUGAUCACUCACGUUCUGAGUCUGCUGACGCUAACCUCAAUGUUGAUGGAAAAUUUUCUUUCGUGGCUGACGACGGUGUCAGACGCAGUGUCACUUACGAAGCUGGAAGUGACACGGGAUUCCUGGCUCGAGGCGAUCACCUUCCACGAGCACCACAGUCACACUCCGAGUCUCAAACUACAUCAUCUGCAUUUUCAUCAUCACAAACCCCUUACCGCAGUCCAUCAGCGUCCCUACCUUCUUCCGUCUCAAGCACCCCAACUUUCUCUCGCUCACCAUCUGCUCCACGUCUUCCCGGCUUCACAAGCUCACAAACUCAGUACAGCUCCCCGUCCUCACGUCCCUCAGCACGCCCAUACACAGGUCAGUUCGAACCUGCCAAUACUCGCAGCCAACAGUCACCUGACGGAAGUUAUUCAUUUGCUUACGAAACGUCCAGUCACUCACGAGCAGAAUCAGGUGACAGAGACAACAACGUGGUGGGAAACUUCGACUUUGUUGCUGAUGAUGGACAGCGACGAGCUAUUGAAUAUGAAGCUGGGUCCCGUACAGGAUUUAUUGCUAAGGGUGAUCACAUUCCUGUAGGACCCGCGGUUCCAGGAGCACCCUCCGGUCAACCAACAGGUAGAAUCGUCCCUGUUCAAGAGGUCCCCUUCGUCGACCCUCUCGCUGACUCCAACGCUGAUGCCUCCUAUAACUUCGCCUUUGACUCGGAGCAAUAUUCACGCUCAGAGAGCGCAGACGCCGACGGCAAUAUCCGUGGCACUUACACAGUGGUAGACGAUGACGGCACUCGACGCACUCACCGAUUCCGGGCAGGUGAGGGCAUCGGCUUUGAAACUGAGGAAGUGUCAACUUCACGUGGUCCUCCUCCAUCUCGCUCUCCAUCAUCUGCCACCUUCCGCAGCCCAGCGGCCCCCGGCACAGCGGUGUCAUCUUCUACUUCCUUCACUGCACAACCUCAAGGCAGUUUCCCGUCUCCCUCCACUAGAACUGCCUCAACAAGGUCCUCAUCAUCUUCCUUCUCGCCAUCGGCAACAGGCACCAGGCCGGACGCCUCUAACUUCCAGCUUCGCCAGUACGAUGCGUCAGAGAACCGUGGUAAAUAUGGUUAUGUACUGACAUUUGACAAUUAACUAAAACAAUACAAAAGGCUUACCGCUGCUUCUUCUGAUUUAAGAAGAAAUUUGUGAAAACAUCUCACACUUAAAACAAGUUAAUUACAAACUGUUAUCUGCCAAUGCCUAUAAAGUUAUAUCUGUACAUAUAUAUAUUUACGAAUGAACAAGUUGCAUUACAAAAAAUACAAAAAAAUAUGGACUACGAGGUAUAAUGUCAUACUUCAUGUAACAUUUGUUGUCCCUUUAAUCGCGCAGUAAAAAUCUAUAAAAAUAAAUGUUAAUAUGUGCAUUAUUGUCCCCCAAAAAUUAUGAAUUAUCAGAGGCAGUAAACAUGCCUGUUUGAGAUCCUGUCAGGGUAGACCAGCUUAGGACCAUGGCAGUAAGUGUGGAUAUGAGUCUCCCCUUUUAUCUUCUAAAUGCCACAUUAUGUCUAAGAAUUAAAAUAUAAUAAAGAGGUAAACACCU